AUGGAAAUAAAAGUUUUUAAUGAUUUAGUCCACGGUCACAUGAUGUUUCAUCCUCUAAUUUCUGUUGUAAUUGAUACAAGACAAUUACAAAGGCUGAGAAAUUUAAAACAGUUGGGAGGUUGUUAUUUUAUUUUUCCUUCUGCUUCUCAUAAUCGUUUUGAACAUUGUUUAGGGACGGCUCACAUCGCGGGAAAACUUUUCGACAGUUUGCGACAAAAACGUAAUUUUUUAAACGACGAUGAAAAAAUAACGUGGGAGAAGAAUAAACUUUGCGUGCAAAUCGCGGGAUUGUGUCACGACGUCGGUCACGGUCCGUUUUCACACACUUGGGAAAAAUUUCGACGAAGAGUUGAUCCGGAUGAUAAUUGGUCGCACGAAUUGGAGUCGAUAAUGAUAUUCGAUGAAUUAUUGAAUGAAAAAAUAUCACCAACAAAAAAUUUCAACGGUCAAAAUUUAGAAACCGUUAAAAACGCAUUCGAAUAUUACGGUUUAAAUUCGAGUCAUGUGGAACUUAUAAAAAAAAUGAUUUUAGGAAACGAAACGACAAAAAAUUAUCUAUUUCAAAUUAUUAGUAAUAAAAAUAAUGAUAUCGACGUUGACAAAUGGGAUUAUUUAGCUCGUGAUAGUGUAAUGCUUAACGUUCCUGUAGGAUUCGAUUAUCGGCGUUUAUUGAAUUUUUGUCAAAUAUUAAAAAAUGACGAUGGAGAAGAAGAAAUUUGUUACAGAGAAAAAGAAUGUUCUGUUAUAAUUGAAAUGUUUUUAUCACGAGGAAGACUUCACGACAAGGCUUACCAACAUAUAAAAGUUAAAAUUGUUGAAGAAAUGUUGAUUGAUGCUUUUGUAUUGGCAAACGACAGGUUAAAACUGACCGAGACUCCCAUAACGGAAUUAACGGAUCACAUUUUUCAAAAAAUUCUUUACGAAAAAUUUGACGACGAAAACAUGUUGAAAGCAAAAAAUAUAUUAAGAAGAAUAGAAAGUAGAAAUUUUUACAAAUGUAUCGUUAAGGAAUCAUUCGAGGGGGAAAUCCCGAAUUUUAAAUUAAUUUAUCAAAAUUUGAAAAGUGUGCCUAAUUUAAAACCUUACAUAAACGACCUGUUGAUAACUUCAAUUCACUUAGACAUGACGGUAUCGAACAAGGAAAAAGCAUUAAAAAAUGUUUUGGUUUAUAGAAAGGAAGAAAGUAAAGAUUUGGAAUGUAAAAAAUUUGAUUGGUGUAAAUAUCAGGAUCCUUUAACUCCUAACUUAGCUCAACUUAAAAGGCAUCAAAUUUUAAUACUUUACAAAGGAGAAAAAGAAUUGUUAAAAUCAUUAAAAGAAGAAUUAAAAAAUCACGUUCAAAGGAUUCUAGUCGACUUGUUGCCUUAUUAA